GCGCUGUCGCAGCCGACUGUCCUGAAGGCUAUGAGGUCGUCGGGUCCAAGUGCAUCCACCGUUACACGGGUGGAUAUCUGACGUACGACGAAGCGGCCACUUACUGCUACCAGAACUUCGGCAGGCUGCCUGUGCUUAAAGACUGCGCUUCCUUCACUGAUGUCGCCAACUAUGUCAACGAUGGAUACACAACUGAUUUCAACAACGGCUACUGGUUGGGCGCGACCAAUGGAACGCUCACCAAUGUUUGGCAGUGGAGUGACGGAGCGGCCGUGCAAAUGGGCGCUCCGUACUGGGCCAGAAAUGCUGGAGAGAAUUUGGAAACUGAACCUGCGGGUGGAACGGGACAGAACUGUGCUUAUGUAGAACGUUCCUCGGGCUGGUUAUUCCGAGACAACUCAUGUCCAUCUACUUUCUAUCCAUUUUGCUCAAGGCCUUCAGUAGAUGGUGAGUUACUCUUCUGUUUUGAAGCCUUGGAAGGUAACCUGGACAGCAAAGUGGAGAGAUCGUCUAGUGGACCGCAAGAACCCGACAAUCCUGGCAAGCAGAACUGCCUGGAGCUGAACUGCGCGUGGAUGUACCGCUUCAGCAGCGCCUGGUGCAGUGAUGUGCGAAGGGUGAUCUGUGAGGCAGACCCCAUCUAG